UGACCACCUUCCAAAGCCUCAUGUGUCCUCCGCGAACAGAUUGGCCGGUUCGUGGUGGUCUACCUCGAUGACAUUCUGAUGUUCAGCAAGUCCAUGGAGGAACACCUCAAGCACCUUGAGGAGGUACUGACCAUCCUCAAGAAGACGCAACUCCAUCUCAACUUAGAGAAAUCUGAGUUUGGGAAGGAUAGUGUCAUCUAUCUUGGGCACCGGUUGUCUACUGCAGGCCUAGAGCCUGAAGCAACCAAGGUGGAGGUCAUACGCAACUGGCCUCAGCCCGUGAACAUUCGCGAACUCCGUUCUUUUCUUGGUCUCGCGUCAUACUAUCGGAAGUUUGUGCCCCGCUUCUCCAUUGUUGCGCGUCCUUUGUCUCGACUAACAAGUAAGAAUGUUCCCUACUCUUGGGACACCGCGUGCAUGACCGCCUUUCAAGCCUUGAAGGACGCCUUGGUAAGUUACCCGGUACUCCGCAUUGCAGAUCCCAAACUGACAUUUGUAGUUACCACGGAUGCAAGUCAGUAUGGAAUCGGUGCAGUGCUGCAACAAGAUGACGGCGAUGGCUUGAGGCCACUCAAGUACUACAGCAAACGCAUGCCUAGCGUAAAGUUUGAUUGGCCUAGCAUGAAAGGGACUGCUGAAAAGUUUGUGGCUGAAUGUCAAGUCUGUCAACGAAUCAAACCAUGCAGACAAAAGUCGAUGGGGCUACUCACACCCCUACCCAUUCUCGAUGGUCCCGGGGAGUCGGUCUCCGUCGACUUCACCGACAUGGGAAAGGCAAGUAAGAACGGCUACUCACAGGUCAUGGUGAUUGUUGACCGAUUCUCUAAGUUCCUCAACCUGAUCCCUUUGCCGCCUCAUGCCCCAACAGAACUAGUGAUUCAUGAAUUCCAACAGGAGUACAUUCGGCAGUUCGGAACCCCGAAGACUCUUGUGAGCGAUCGGGAUCCGCGCUUCAUUAGUACUGAAUGGAAGGACUUCACGUCUCAGUUGGGGAUCAAGCUGUGUAUGACAUCUGGCCGACACACCGAAGCCAACGGUUUGGCUGCGGAGAUCAACCAGACUGUGUUUCGACUUCUUCGCGCUUUGAUUAUCCCGGAUCAGGAAACAUGGGAUGAAGAGCUGUAUUCCGUUAAGGGGUUAUACAACAACUCCGUCCACUCCGCCAGAGGUGUCAGUGGUGACAUAGAAAUGGCGAGUGGGGUCGGCGAUCUUGAGGACAGGGGCCGUGGUAAUGGUUUGCUUGAAUCGAAAGGAACGGGGGAUUUCCCCGUCUCGGUGAACGAUCUGCGCGAGGGUGUUGAAGCUGAGGUUAUGGGGGGUGGUGUCGUAGCAGGCGGUGUGCUGGAUGCGCCGGAUGAGGGAGGAGGUGGAGGGAACGGAACGAUGGUGGGAAUUGAAGGGUUGGUGGAUAUGGCGGUAGGAGUGGAGGAGGUCGGCGGGGGGGUGUUGCUGGAGGCGGCUGUGGAGGAGGGAGUGGUUUGCGCUGUGGAGGUUGGAGUGGUUUGCACUGUGGAGGUUGGAGUGGUUUGCACUGUGGGGUUUGGAGUGGUUUGCGCAGUGGUGACGACCGUGAUGGAGGGGGUGGUCCCUUCGAGCGUGGUGACGCGAUCGCAUAAGGACGACACGUUGGCCUUUAUGUCGUCGAGAGAGGCGGUGACGGAGGUUUGGAAGGUGUUGAGUGCGUGGAGGAUGGCGGAGAGGUCCGGGGUGGCGGUGUUUGCUGGUGGUUGUUCGCCGGCGAGGUUGCGGGCGAUGCUAUCGACUGAGUCGGUGCGGAUGUCAGACAUGUUGGUGGAGGAUGCGGCCAUGUCGGGGGAAGAGGGGGUGGAGGACGUGGCCUGAACGGGGGUGGAAGAUGCAGCAGCAGCGGUGGCGGCGGCGGCAGCACGUUGGGAGUUCUUGGUUUGGCGUGGUGGC